AUGGACCGAUCUAGCAAUCCACCCGCGCCGGGCCAGACCCAGACGCCUGCCCACCGCGACAUGAUGUUCUGCCACGAGUGUGCCGACGAAUGGUAUCGAGACGAACACGGCCUGACCUGUCCGGAGUGCGGCUCAGACUUCACCGAGAUCAUCGAAGACAACAAUGACCCACGAGACAGCGCCAUGUUUGCCGACGGGGGCGACGACGAUGAGUCGAUGCCCGACCUCGAACGACCCCGACACAACCCGUUCGCCAGCGAGGACCCAGACGAAGGAGAUAUCAGUAACUUGCAGUUCACACAGACUGCGCCAGGCAGAUUCAACGUCCAGGCGACCAUAACGCGGUCCGUCUCGCCUCAGGAGUUCCGAGCUGCUGGUGGAAUGGCGCCAGCCUCGAUAGGCGGCUUCAUGUCCAUGCUCAAUGGGCUGACAAGAGUCGCGGGACAAGCACAGGGUCAACAACAACGAGGCCAAGGUGAGGGGUUGUUCGGGCAGGACCAGAAUCAGUCUGCUUUCCAGGAGGCUCAGGGUCAAGGUGCGCCGGGACAACCUCGAGUCACUGCGUCAAGAUUCACAUACACGGGCGGAGCAAGACUGUUUCCUCGGGAUGCGAACAACCCAGAACCACGGAUGGAGCCGGUGGAUGAUAUCACAAACGUGGUUACUGGACUCAUGGCUGCACUGGGUGCUCCACCUGGUAGCUUUCAAGCCGCUCAUCAUCAUGCUGGUGGUGCCGAAGCACAAUUCCAAGGUGACCAGGAUCGCGAUGGCAAUGCACACCUACACCCCGCGCACCCGUUCCUUCAACUUUUCAGCUCCCUUGGCAUGGUCGGACCUGGCGGCAAUAUGGGCGACUUCGUGUACUCGCAAGAAGGACUCGACCGCAUUGUCUCCCAGCUCAUGGAACAGACAGCUUCCUCAAACGCUCCUCCACCAGCCCAACCGUCCGACAUCGACAGCCUGCCACGGAAGAAGGUCGAUGAGGAGAUGCUUGGAGCAGAACACAAAGCAGAAUGCAGCAUAUGUAUGGACGAGGUCAACAUUGGCGAAGAAGUCACUGUCCUGCCCUGCAAGCACUGGUUCCAUCAUCAAUGUGUCAGUGCAUGGCUGCGAGAGCACGACACCUGCCCACAUUGCCGAAAGAGCAUCUCAAAACACGACGAACAAGCGCAAUCGCAGCAAUCGCAGCAAUCGCAGCAAUCGCAACAGUCGCAACAGUCGCAACAACCGCAGGCAUCAUCUCUGUCAGCAACGACCAACCCUGGAGCGCCAAUAAAUCGAACAAGAUCGAUGCCAGGCGCGUUCGAUGUAUCUGGUAGCGGAACGCCUGGAGAUCCAUUCGUCGUUGCAGGCGACAACGGAGCUGCUACCACUGGUGCCCAAGCGGAGGCCAACUCGUCAUCCGAAAACAACAGCAUGACGGAUCGGAUACGCAGGGGUUUGUUUGGUCCACAGCAAUAG